GAAGAGCCAUCUUCCCGACCGGAGAGAGUGGAAGAGAUGGGGGAUUGUUGAGACAAUUUUGGGGGACCCCGGUGUCGUUAGAAGCCUCAAAGACAACUUGGGGACGGUAGGACUACUGGUGUCGGUCGGGAAAAAUGAAAGGGGCUUUUCUACAGUUUCCGGACUAGGGGUCAUUGGGAACCAGUGCAGUGGCGGGCACGAGCGAGGGUGCUUUUUUCAAAAUACAAAGCAAAGGGAAAAGAGAUUCGAGUCAAGGUAUUAGCUAAUAGCGUAAGUUUGCAAUCAAAUACAUAUAAAACUGACUGUACACCAUGACCGGAGACAGUUGAUCGAAAACCGUAUGUAGUCAGUCAAGUUUGACGGAAGUGUAGUUCUUCAAAGGUGUCAAUGUAAACAAACACCAAAGCCCUUCUUGUUGAAGCGGGUGCUGUGGACUGACUGUAGUAGUGGGGCUUUGAGCCUCGGAUUAUGACCAAGGGUAUCCUGCCAGAGUUAAAAUGUGUUCGUAAAACGAUUAUUCUUUCAAGGUUUCCCUUAAGUGAUACAUCUUACAACGUUUGCGAAUGAUGACAAUCGAGUCUUUUUUUUUUUUUUUAAGCUAGCUAGCUAUUUUAGCAAGCUACUGAGUCUGGUUGACCAGGCAGUGUUAGCUUACUAGCUAGCUGUCUAGUUAGCUAGCAUUAGCCAGUUAAGCUAGUAGCUAGCAGAUCUUCAAGCUUGAGUAGUGAAUCUGUCAAAGAAAGAAUGAGAGACGGUAGCUAGAUUAUACUUAUUAACGUUGUUUUAUUCCCAAGGGAAAUUAAAAAGGCCUGCUUGCAAGCUUUUGGAACAUUUCGUACGGCUGUCUCGAGACGGUUAGUGUCCGUAGCACAGCUGAUUCGUCGAGAAGGGGAGGUAGGAAAUGGAGGAAAACAAGUUAAGUUUAUGUAUAUUUAAUUUUAAGUGCAGUAGCUGACCGUCAAUAUUUCUGUAUACGAGUAGGGUUAAUCUUAGGUAAUGUAGAAAGUGUUUCAUUAAAAGUAGUUAGAUAGCUAGAACCCUAUAAAAAUGUGCCUGUGUGGGUGACUUGUAAGUAAGUGGGGGUCGUCUCCCUCGAAGCACUGCUCAAUUUAGACAGUCAAGCAGAAACAGUCCAACUCGAAACUGGGUGGUGGGAGGGGGCAGAAACUAAAUUGUUACCGGACUGGAAUCAACUUUCUCAAACGACAUGGAUAUAAAGUGUCUCAGAUAAAUUAUCACCCUAAAUGGCAUGGCCCUUGGUAAGAAAGAAAAGUCAUUGUGUUCCCUAGUUUUGCCUCUAUUUUCCAAAUGCUGAAUACUAAUUUGGUAACAUUUGUGAAGAAAGUAUUUUUUCCCUACCAUUGAUAAUGGAUAUGAUUGUUUUACUGUGUAGUUCGCCUGCAAGACUACAGUGAGCUCUCAGCAGUGUUUUGGUUGUUGCUCUCACCCCUCCCCCAACUUUUACUGGAGACUUGUGGAAGUGUUCUUUGCUUCUGCUCCCUUUCAGUGGUGGGCAGCUCUCACCCGUUUUUUUUCCCUCCCUUUGACGGAAGGCCUUGGCUAUUGUACAGUCCACUUGAAUCCUGAGUUGUAUAGCCUACGGUGGAUGUAAUGGAACUAAUGUUCGCUGAGUGGGAAGACGGAGAGAGGUUCUCCUUCGAAGAUUCUGACCGGUUCGAGGAGGACUCUCUCUGCUCCUUCAUAUCAGAGGCUGAGAGUCUGUGUCAGAACUGGAGGGGAUGGAGAAAACAGUCUGCUGGACCAAAUUCUCCUACAGUGAAGAUUAAAGAUGGUCAGGUCAUCCCUCUGGUGGAGCUAUCAGCCAAGCAGGUGGCGUUCCACAUCCCGUUUGAGGUGGUGGAGAAGGUCUAUCCUCCUGUCCCCGAGCAGCUGCAGCUCCGCAUCGCCUACUGGAGCUUCCCAGAGAAUGAGGAGGACAUCCGGCUGUACUCGUGUCUGGCCAACGGCAGCCCUGAUGAGUUCCAGCGAGGGGAGCAGCUAUACAGGAUGAGGGCUGUUAAAGACCCUCUGCAGAUAGGUUUCCACCUCAGUGCCACCGUGGUGUCGCCCCAGGCUGGCCAAUCAAAAGGGGCGUACAAUGUGGCUGUCAUGUUCGACCGCUGCCGCAUCACUUCCUGCAGUUGCACCUGUGGAGCCGGGGCCAAGUGGUGCGCCCACGUGGUGGCCCUCUGCCUCUUCAGGAUCCACAACGCGUCUGCAGUGUGCCUGCGAGCCCCCGUGUCAGAGUCCCUGUCCCGGCUGCAGAGGGACCAGCUACAGAAGUUUGCCCAGUACCUCAUCAGUGAGCUUCCCCAACAGAUUUUGCCCACAGCCCAGAGGCUCCUGGAUGAGCUCCUGUCUUCCCAGUCCACAGCCAUCAACACAGUGUGUGGGGCUCCCGACCCCACUGCUGGCCCCUCAGCCUCUGAUCAGAGCACCUGGUAUCUAGAUGAGUCUACGCUCAGUGACAACAUCAAGAAGACUCUGCACAAGUUCUGUGGCCCCUCUCCUGUUGUCUUCAGUGAUGUCAACUCCAUGUACCUGUCAUCUACGGAGCCCCCGGCGGCGGCAGAGUGGGCGUGUCUGCUGAGGCCGCUGAGGGGGCGAGAGCCCGAGGGGAUCUGGAACCUCCUGUCCAUCGUCAGGGAGAUGUUCAAGAGGAGAGACAGCAACGCUGCACCCCUACUAGAGAUCCUCACUGAGCAGUGUCUCACUUAUGAACAGAUCAUUGGCUGGUGGUACAGCGUGCGUACGUCGGCGUCCCACAGCAGUGCCAGCGGGCACACGGGGCGCAGUAACGGGCAGUCGGAGGUGGCAGCCCACGCCUGCGCCAGCAUGUGUGAUGAGAUGGUGGUUCUGUGGAGGCUGGCUGUGCUAGACCCCACCAUGAGCCCUCAGAGGCGUUUGGAGCUGGCUGCCCAGCUCAAGCAGUGGCAUCUGAAAGUGAUUGAGAUCGUGAAGCGAGGGCAACACCGCAAGUCCCUGGACAAACUGUUCCAGGGCUUCAAACCGGCCGUGGAGUCCUGCUACUUCAACUGGGAGGUGGCCUACCCACUGCCAGGCAUCACCUACUGCAGUGCAGACAAGAAGAGCGCUUCCUUCUGCUGGGCCAGGGCAGUGCAACAGCAGAGAGGGGCCAAGGCUGGCCUGGCUGGAGACCCCCCUGAACCUGGAGGAGGGAUAUCUGGCAGCUCUGAGGGAGGUGGGGGAGACUACAAGGGCAGAAGUCCCCAACAAGAAGUGGCUGUCAGGCCCAAAGAGACCAUUGUGAGCAAGAGGAAGGGGUUGUCGGCCGGGGGCGGAGGAGGGGUCCUAGUGCGGCUAGGGGGUAGUGUGUCUCUCUCUCUAGAGGAGGUCAGUAGUAAGGGGAUGUACAGCGCAGGUUCCUCCUCGUCCACUGGGGGCAAGGCUAAGAUAACCCAGGGGGGCAAGUCGUCCUCCGGGGGAUCAGGAGCGGUAGGGGGAAAACACCAAGCAGCCAAGCGGCGCACCAGCAGUGAGGACAGCUCCCUGGAGCCUGACAUGGCCGAGCUGAGCCUGGAUGACGGCUCCAGUCUGGCGCUAGGCGCUGAGGCCAGCAACACCUUUGACUUCACGCCCCCGCCGCCUGAGAUGCUGCCCUCACCAAGCCCGCUACUCAGAGAGCCACACAAAUACAGUGGGGGAGGGAAAGGGGCUGGAAACACGCCCAAGGAGCGCGCCUUCGAGGGCAAACGGGUCACCCUCGCUGCCACCCUGCCUGCCGCUGAGCCCCAGCCCGCCUUCCCCACCAAAGAGAACACUGCUGUCGUCGUGGAAGCGGCCGUUGCCAUGGAGAAGGAGGUGAACGUGGAGGCGGAGAUAGAGGUGAAUGGAAAUGAGGAGGCGGCCAUCGCUGGAGACGCUCGACCCUCCACCUCGGUUGUUACUGUGACUGCAGCUGCCGCCAAGCCACCGCGUGGUGGGCGCAGAGAAACUGGCGCUGGAGCCGUAGCCCUGCCCAAUCAGGCCCCAGAGGCAGGGGCCGGGGGAGACCCUGUAGGAGAGGAUGACUACCAGGCCUACUUCCUGAAUGCAGCCACUGAGGAGGGGGCAGAGAGAGUGUUGGAGAACAACAAUGAGGAGGAACCAGACAUCUUUGCUGGGAUCAAGCCACUGGAGCAGGAGGGCCAGAUGGAGGUGCUGUUUGCGUGUGCAGAGGCCCUCCACGCCCACGGCUACAGCAACGAUGCCUGCAGACUGGCGGUGGAGCUAGCUGGAGACCUGCUGGCCAACCCUCCAGACCUGAAGGUGGAGCAGCCCCAGACCAAGGGUAAGAAGAGCAAGGUGUCCACCAGCAGGCAGACCCAGGUGGCCACCAACACCCUGGUCAAGACCUCCUUCCUGCUGACGGUGCUGAGCGAGAGGCUGGAGCUCCACAACCUGGCCUUCAGCACGGGUAUGUUCUCUCUGGAGCUGCAGAGGCCCCCAGCCUCCACCAAGGCCCUGGAGGUUAAGCUUGCCUACCAGGAGUCAGAGGUGGUGGCUCUGCUGAAGAAAAUCCCUCUGGGCCUGGUGGAGAUGACGUCCAUACGGGACAGGGCCGAGCAGCUCCGAGACGGGAACUUCUGUGACUACAGGCCCGUCCUGCCCCUCAUGCUGGCCAGCUUCAUAUUUGAUGUGCUGUGUACCCCAGUUGUCUCCCCCACAGGUUCCCGUCCGCCUAGCCGUAACCGGAACAACGAGAUGCCUGGAGACGAGGAGCUGGGCUUUGAGGCGGCUGUAGCAGCACUGGGUAUGAAGACCACAGUGAGCGAGGCAGAGCACCCUCUGCUGUGUGAGGGGACCAGGAGAGAGAAAGGAGACUUGGCUCUGGCCCUCAUGAUCACAUACAAGGAUGACCAGAGCAAGCUGAAAAAGAUCCUGGACAAGCUGCUGGACAGAGAGAGCCAGACCCACAAGCCCCAGACCCUGAGCUCCUUCUACUCCAGCAAGCCAGCUGCCAGCAGCCAGAGGAGCCCGUCCAAGCACGCUGCCCACACUGCUCACGGACACGGAGGUGCCACCGGAGGGGUGUCCAAACACGCCCCCAACACCACGGCUGUAGCCGGGUCCUCCUCUGUGCAAGCGGUGGCUGCUGGAGGGGCAGCAGUACAGCAGGCGGGUCUGGCGGGCAGUGGGGUGCAGAACAACGCCACAGCCGGAGAGUGCGUCAGUGAGGCCAAAGAGCAAGAUGGCGCCCAGCCUGCGUCAUGUGACCAGCCGAGCGAGGCUGCCCCAUUCAAGCCAGAGGGCACGGUGCCCAGCCGCUUGGCGCUGGGAGGACGGGGGGCAUACAGCGGGCGCUGCUGGGGCUCUCCUGUCCGCCAGAAGAAGAAACACACAGGCAUGGCUAGUAUCGACAGCAGUGCUCCUGAGACCACCUCAGACAGCUCCCCCACCCUUAGUCGACGCCCACUCAGAGGGGGUUGGGCCGCAGCCUCCUGGGGGAGGGGCCAGGACAGUGACAGCAUCAGCAGCUCCUCUUCUGAUUCGCUGGGCUCCUCCUCAUCCAGCGGCUCUCGCAGGGCCGGAGGCGGGGCUAGGGCAAAGAGCACAGACACCAGCAGGUAUAAAGGGCGUCGUCCUGAGUGCCAUGCACCACAUGUGCCCAACCAGCCGUCGGAGGCAGCGGCCCACUUCUACUUCGAGCUGGCCAAGACCGUGCUGAUCAAGGCCGGGGGCAACAGCUCCACCUCCAUCUUCACCCAGCCCUCAGCCAGUGGAGGCCACCAGGGGCCCCACCGCAACUUGCACCUCUGUGCCUUCGAGAUCGGCCUGUACGCCCUGGGCCUGCACAACUUUGUCUCGCCCAACUGGCUCUCCAGGACCUACUCCUCCCACGUCUCCUGGAUCACAGGCCAGGCCAUGGAGAUCGGUAGUGCUGCCCUCAACAUCCUGGUGGAGUGCUGGGACGGGCACCUCACCCCUCCCGAGGUGGCAUCACUGGCAGACAGGGCAUCACGGGCGCGGGACCCCAACAUGGUUCGCGCUGCGGCUGAGCUGGCCCUGAGCUGCCUGCCCCAUGCACAUGCCCUCAACCCCAAUGAGAUCCAGAGGGCCCUGGUGCAGUGCAAGGAACAGGACAACAUGAUGCUAGAGAAAGCAUGUAUGGCUGUAGAGGAGGCAGCCAAGGGGGGUGGUGUGUACCCUGAGGUUCUGUUUGAGGUGGCCCACCAGUGGUACUGGCUCUAUGAGCAGACAGUAGGAGGGGGCUCAGGGGCCCAGCGUGAGGGCCCGGGACGCUGUGGGGCCAACGGUGGAGCUGGGAGGAGGCCCCCAGAGACGGGUCAUAGUGUAAUGGACAACAUUGGCAACAUGGACUCCUCUGGCGUUGCCACGGUGACCGCCUCAGUGACAGCAGCGGCUGUGGUGCCCGUCAUCUCUGUGGGCUCCACCAUCUACCAAUCGCACGCCCUUCCUGGCUCAGCCAUGGCCCACCCCCACACCCAGGGCCUGCACCCCUACACCACCAUCCAGGCCCACCUGCCCACAGUCUGCACUCCCCAGUACCUGGGGCACCCACUGCAGCAUGUCCCCCGGCCCACUGUAUUCCCAGUGUCAGGGGGUGCCUACCCACAGGGAAUGCACCCGGCCUUUAUCGGUGCCCAGUACCCGUUCUCAGUGGCCACUGGCCCCCAUCCGCCCAUGGCAGCGACAGCGGUCACCUUCCCUGGUGUUCCCGUGCCGUCCAUGACCCAGAUCGCCGUCCACCCCUAUCACACCGAUACCGGCCUGCCUCUGAGCACCACUGUAGCAGUAGGUGGCGUCCAUUCAGGCGCCACAAUCCAGGCCAUUCAGGGGUCUUCUCUUCCUGGUAUGUCUUCUCAGCCCGCCUCAUUGGUCAGCGCGCCCUUCCCGUCUGAAGACGAGCAGCAUAGCCAGCCAAUCAGCCAGCAGGGCCUUCACUACCUGCACUCAGCCUACAGAGUUGGCAUGCUAGCUUUGGAGAUGCUGGGCAGGAGGGCUCACAACGACCACCCCAAUAACUUCUCCCGCAGCCCACCUUACACAGAGGACGUCAAGUGGCUCUUGGGCCUGGCUGCACGGCUAGGGGUGAACUACGUGUACCAGUUCUGUGUGGGCGCAGCUAAGGGCGUGCUCAGCCCCUUCGUCCUUCAGGAGAUCAUCAUGGAGGCUCUCCAGAGACUGAACCCCGCCCACAUCCAUGCCCACCUCCGCACGCCUGCCUUCCACCAACUGGUGCAGCGCUGCCAGCAGGCCUACCUACAGUACAUCCACCACCGGCUGAUCCACCUGACCCCGGCCGACUACGAUGACUUUGUCAACAUCAUCCGCAGCGCCCGCGGGGCCUUCUGCCUGACCCCUGUUGGCAUGAUGCAGUUCAACGACGUGCUGCAGAACCUGAAGAGGGGCAAGCAGACCAAGGAGCUGUGGCAGCGCAUCUCUCUGGAGAUGGCCACCUUCUCCCCAUGACUAUGAGGGCAGUGGAGUGGGAGAGGAACGACGCUCCCACGCCACAAACCCGCAGCCCUGUCGAGCUCUGUCUCUCUCCAUCGACCCUUAGCCCUGCAUCGAACGCUCUCUCCAUUCGCCUCCCUGGCCUCUCCCUCACCUGACGUACCCCUCUCCUUGUGUACCAUGACGUACACACCCUACAAAACACACAGGCAGCACAAUCAACCCCCAUUUCCCACCCUGUUAGAGUUCCUUUUAGAUCUUAUAGGUGUGUGUGAGACAGAGCUUUGAGGUAAGCUGAAUGGAGAUCAGCUUAAAUAGUUUUCUAUGUCUGUUUGUGACUGAAUUGCCGCUCCCAUUUAUCAUGGUUCAUGUCUCUGUGUAACUUCCUGUAACGUAUAUUCCCACCUCAUGUUCAUCCUCCCAACUUUCCUACCAGAAGCUGUCACGAAGGAUGCUUUAUGGUUGCUUGGGGUGUAUAAGUUGUCAUUUAUUUUGUUGAUGUUGUUGGUUGGUUUUUAUUUUAUUGAAGCCACUGAGUAAAUCAGAUUCAUACUGCAACAUUCCUCUGUCCUGGGGGAGUGAGCCUCCACCAGUCACUACGGAUCUGAAUUUUAGGUAUUCUGACAGUGUUUAAAGAAGAAAGAAAAAAACAAGACAAAAAACAGUUUGUUGAAAUAAUUAAAAAAAGAAAUGUAAUAUGAAAAUUAGAAAAUUAUCUGAGUACGGGUGAGGAUUCUUUAGUGUUUUGUUUAAUCUUUUGCUUUUGAUAUUUUGUAUAGAAUGAUGUGUAUGCAGAGAGGAAUUUGAGAAUGAGCGAGUGUAAACAUGAGUUUUGUGUGGGUUACCUUUUCCAAUUUAGCGGUUUGAGGUUUUGGGUCUGGGAACACAGGAGUCUGGCUGGACCAAACUCAUCAUUGGCCUUUUUGAGUGGGUCAAUAGUGAAAGUGUACGGCCCCUGCGAAUCUCAAGUACAAUCAUCCAAUCAAAUAUCACGAUCACAUAAAGGAUGAGUGGACAUGACAUUUACAUAUGCCCUGCACAUGUAGAAUCAUAAAAGUGCUAUGCUCAUAAAGGCUUAUAUGCAGACUGGGUUUCCAGGUUACAUCCAUCAGCUGUUACUCUGGAAUUCAUGUCCACUGUCCAUUGAUGUUCUAUAGGGGGCGUUGCCAGAUCCGUGUGUUCCAAAUCCACACCUCCAACCCUGCUCUGGAGCUCACGGGGUGAAGAGUGACUUAGUAGAAAAUGUACUGUGAUAUUUUUAUAUUCCUCUAAGUGUAGCUUGGUUGAAAAAAGAAUUAAAAAUUCUGCUGAUUGCAAGAGGUUGUAAUUUAGAAUACAAUUUAAAAAAGAACGGAUAAAGCAAUACUGAAAUGUAGAGUUUACUUAAUAAAGGUAAUUCAAAACACUAA